GAUUUACCAGCCUGUGACAAGCACACCUUCAUCAUGGCGGCGCCCGUGAGGAGCAGCGAUGCUUCAGUACCGAGUGUUUCGGCGCAGUCCACAGCAGUGUCCGGAGGCGAAAAUGGCCAAAUUCAUUACAGUGUUCUCUUGGAUCAUCUCAUCGGUGAUAAGAGAAAAAUUAAAGACCUGAAUCCGAGCGUUAUGGGCGGUUUACCGACCCCGCACAAGACGGAUGAGCAGAAGAUGAUUGAACGUGGGAUGGAGAGCUGCGCUUUUAAAGCAACGCUGGCGUGUGUCGGAGGUUUUGUGUUAGGUGGUGCUUUUGGAGUCUUCACAGCUGGCAUAGACACCAAUGUUGGGUUCGAUCCUAAAGACCCACUGAAGACCCCCACAGCGAGAGAAGUGCUGAGAGACAUGGGACAGAGAGGAAUGUCCUACGCUAAAAACUUUGCAAUUGUUGGUGCCAUGUUCUCAUGUACAGAAUGCAUUAUAGAAUCACAUCGCGGUAAAUCAGACUGGAAGAAUGCAGUGUACAGCGGCUGUAUUACUGGAGGAGCGAUUGGAUUCAGAGCUGGCUUGAAGGCUGGAGUUCUGGGCUGUGGAGGUUUCGCUGCUUUCUCUGCUGCUAUUGAGUAUUACCUCAGAUGAACGGCUGCUUCAGAGCUUCCUGAGUCAGAUGGACUCCGAACAAGAACCUGUAAAAGAGCAGGUUCCGGACAUGAGACUUUUGUUUUUUGGCAGGCUUUUACUUGCUUGUCAAAUGAUUUUGAAAUUGUUCUCAUGGAGAACCGACUUGCCAAUUCCAUUUCCUGACCUGGAUGGUAUGAUGUGUGUAAUAUGAUUUCCGAGUGUCCUGUUGGGGUCAGUGCAGACAUGCCUGCUUCAAGGUGGCUUUUUACUGCUGAAAGGUGAUCUACAAACCAGCGAAUACCUUUCCUUACAUUUCCCACACAGUCAGAGGACUUCUUCAGUAACAGCAACAGGAUCUGAAUGGGAUCAUGGUGAUUAUUCCUGUUGAUGUGUAGUGUGGAUGUCUUUUUUGGCCCAGUAGCUGUUUAUGUAUAUAAUCAUACAACUAGUAAAUAAAAUCUGAAACGUUUUCAGUGGCUUUGGAAUGGCUGGAUGACAUCUGUGGUUAAAAAAUAAUGAAAAAAUGUUUUAGUGGUUAAUUAGAGAAAUUAAAUAUAUGAGAGAACUCUUAUGAAGAUCUUAUUUAUUCUAUGCAAAUAAUAACUGAAACUUUUUUUUAUAGUAUUUAGGAAUAUACACUACCAGUCAAAAGUUUGGACACAUCUUCUAAUUCCAUGGUCUUUUCUGAUGUUUAUUUCUUUCUACACUGUAAAACAAUGCUGAAGGCGGCCGAAAUACACAAUAAUCUCGUUUGAACAGUUGAUAUUGAGAUAUGUCUGCUACUGAUGCUCUGUAAAGCCUUCAUAACGGCUCUAAUCUGAGGUGCUGUUAAUUGGUGAUUUCUGAGGCUGGUAACUCUAAAUGAACUUCUCCUCUGCAGCAGAGGUCAGUUUUGGUCUUGCUUUACUGGGAUGGUCUUCAUGUGAGCCAGUUUCAUCAUGGUGCUUGAUGGGUUUUGCAAAUGCACUUGACAAUACUGUUCUUGCAAGAACUAUUCCAGAACACCUGACCUUCGUGUCUUAAAAUAACAACUGACUGUUUUUUGUUGUCAUUAGAUAUGGAUUACUUAAGUCCAUGUGUGUUAUUUCAUAGUUUUGAAAUCUCCAGUAUUGUUCUAGAAUGUAGAAAAUAAAUCCCUAAACAAAAAACAUUGAAUUAAAAGGUGUGUCCAAACUGUUGACUGGUAGUGUAUAAGUCGUUAUCCAGGACUUCCUGUUUCAAUGGAGUAGAAACGUGAGCUGACAGAGUUCAAAAUCCAGUGAUAAAUGAUCUUUCAGUGACGUGAGGAAAAUUAGAAAUAAGACAGAAGUGUGUUGUGACAACGGCUGUGUGUGUGUGUAUAUAUAUAUAAGCUACAUACUCUGAAAAUGCCCAUAUCCAUGGUUAGGGUGAUAAUUAAAAACAACCAAAGCUUUAAACUACUUGGAAGAAACUGCUUAGAAGAGAUGAUUUGGAGACUUUUCUCUCAUGCAAAAUGAGGAGGAUCAUUAGAAAGGCAAUAAUUCCUCAGAUGUUGUUCCUUGUAGGGAUUUUUGCCCCUCUAAGGAUCCUCUUCAUUUUUCAUGAGUGAAAAGUCUCCAAAUCUACAAUUAAAAACAAAUUUCGAAGGCAUGCAAGAACAAAUCUUUCAAAUAACCACAUAUAUAAGCACCUGGGAUUCGCUGGACUUUGAUUAGAACUGGGUUCUGUGAUCACAUGAGGAAAGUGGGACUUUUAGAGUUACAGUUCAAUUAAAUUUUAUUUAUUUAUAGUGCUUUCUACAUUUAGGCAUAAAAUGACUUCUGGAUAUAGAUUUAGAUUUGUCCCUUAAUGAUGGGUGGCAAGGAAAGCUUACUGAGACGACACGAGGGAAGAAACCAGAUUCAACAUGGAACCAACUCUAGACAGUGUGACUUUAAAGCAUUAUUCUUCUAGAACUGUUUGUAUUGAAAUCAUCAAUGACCCUGAUGCUUAAAAUGGGAAUCUUUCCAUCACACUUGUCUUAGAGUCACUGUUGAUAUUAAAAAAAAUCUUAAUUUCACCUGAAUACUAUAGACUAUUAUAAAUUAUCUACAGUCUGAGACAUGAGCAUAGUUAUUAGCACAUGUAGUCAUUAGGCUGUACACUCUUUAUGGAGUGAUUGUGUGACCAUCCACAGCAAACUUUACGCUGUAAGUGCAGGGCCAUCCUUAAGUGCAGCUGUGUUUGGUGUAAAAAGAAGGAUGUUUGUACAGAAUAGACUUGAAAUACAACUGUUGGGUAUAAUGUAGAUGAUGUGAGACAGACGUACCUCCAAAAGCUGUGGGAAACUUUGCUAGGAUACAUGGCAUGAAGUACCAGUGGAUUUUAAAUGAAAAUCUGUGCCAUGAUGCUACAACUGACUCAUUGUUGGAUUUUUCCAGUGGGACAGUGAUCAAAAUUCCACACAAGAAUGGUUCAAUAAAACAAAGUCAAGCUGUGUUUGUGCCACGUGGAUGGUGCAGGAGUCUCCCACUAACCAAAAGCAUGCAGGUAGGUGGAUUGGCUAAAAUAAAUUGCCCAUGUGCACGUGUGUGAAUGUGUCUGAGCAAGGUGUUUCCUCAUGGACUAACCUCAUCCACACACACACACAAUGAAUUCUUCUACAUUGCACUCAGAACUCCUGGGGCAGGAUAGAGCACUUACUGAAGACAAAUGAAAGAAACUCUACAACUUUGACCCUGCCUUUUAUCAACACUGCCAAAACGUGUAAGAAAUGACUUCCUAGACAAGUGGGUUUUGUUCAACAGAGGUUUCACCCCCAGUACCUCCGUUUCCUCUCUGCAGCACCAUAAGGUUGAUGAGCUCUAACAGCGAGUGCCCCAGUGAUCAUAGUGACAAUGAUCUGGCCUCAUGUUCACACUUACACCAGGAUGUUAAUAGAAUCAGAAAGUUGAUCAUAUUACAAUAAAGGGAGUAGAUUAAAAUGGACUAUAAUCUUAGACAAAAAUAUAUGAGGUGUUACAAGAGGUAUGUAUUGUAAUGGUUUUAAAUGCUUUGGGGUUGGUCUGGCUGCACUAAAUUCAAGGUGCUGUUUCAUGUUUUUCUCACUGCUGCAGGUUGGGAAUAAAAGUACUUUUUUCCUUGCAACGCCAGAGGUGACAAAAACUGCAUUUGAAUUAUGAGAACCAUGAACCUUUCUCUUUAUUUUGUCUGAUAUUCUCCUUUCGGACAUGCCUCAGUUCAAUGAAAUGGCAUUUUAUUUAUUUUAAAAUAAACAUGCAAUUUUUAUUACGAUGUAAACUUCUGUCUUUAAAUUAUAUCUGGACCCAACAAAGUUUCUAACACUAUUAAGAAACCUGCCAGUAUGUGUGACAUCUGUAACCAUCAUCUGAAUAAACAGGGAUUUAAAAUAAAAAAUAAAGUAUUAUGCUGUCA